AUGUUCUCGAUUGUCACCGCCGCUGGCAUUUUUCUGGCCUUUGCACUUGGAGCAUGGUAUUCCUUCGGUCUGGGUUCCAGACCCAAGGACUAUCCACCGGGACCUCCUACUCUACCGAUAAUUGGCAAUCUACAUCAAAUCCCAAGCAAGAACGAGUACCUUCAGUUCGACAAAUGGGCUAAGGAGUAUGGACCCAUCUACAGCAUCAUGGUUGGUAGCCGACCAGUUAUCGUAAUAAGCAGUGUGGACAUCGUCAGAGAUCUGUUCGACAAGCGCGGUGCUAUCUACUCUGAUCGUCCGGAGGCUUACGCGGCGAAACAUGUGCCAGUGUCGAAACUUCGAAUGGCCUUCAUGCGCUACACUCCUCUGUGGCGUACAUUGCGCAAAGUGACUCACUCUCUGCUGUCUAUCAACGCCGUCAAGAACUAUGAUCCCUAUCAGGAGCUCGAACGCAAGCAGAUGUUAGAUGAAAUGCUUACAAAUCCCGACGACUUCUUCUCCAGUCUACAGAGAUUCACGACGUCCCUGACCGCUACUCUUCUGUUCGGUUGGAGAGCUCCAUCAGCCGCCGACCCAAAGCUGCUCAAGCUUGAUCGUGAGUUUGCUGCUCUACAAGCUGCUCUUGGUACAGCAGCAGCAGCUCUACUUGAUGCUUUCCCCGUCCUGAGAUUUUUGCCUGAUGCUCUUCUUCCUGUCAAAGGCAGAGUUCGUCUCGCACUACAGAUGGGCCACGAAGUCCACAUGGAAAACUGGUACGCCGUCAAGGAGAACCUUAAGAACGGAACUCUGAGUCCCUGCAUGAGUGUCGGACUUGCUAAGGCACAAGAGAAGGAAGGUAUCACAGAUGUCGAAGCUGCUUACACCGUAGGAAAUAUCCUCGAAGGCGGCAUGGAGACUACAUCAACCACUUUGUAUGCCUUCAUCCAAGCCAUGUUAUUGUUCCCCGAAGUCCAAGCAAGAGCACAGGAAGAGAUCGAUCGAGUCGUGGGACCAGAUCGUCUGCCAGUCAUGGCUGAUGCAGCCAACUUGCCUUACAUCCGGCGGUGUGUAAAAGAGAUCGUGCGAUGGUUUGUGGUUGGACCUCUGGGCGCGGUUCCUCAUGCUUGCACCCGAGACGACGAGUAUAUGGGCUACAAAAUUCCAAAGGGAGCACCCAUCAUGUUGAAUGCGUGGGCGAUUAUGACAGAUCCAAACCGAUACACAGAACCUCGCCGCUUCAACCCCGAUCGCUUUGCCGAUGAUAGUGAUGGCCUAUCCAUGGCGGAGAUGGCAGCUCAUCCAGACCCAAGCAAGAGAGAUACUGUAGGCUUCGGAGCUGGUCGACGCAUCUGCCCGGGCAUGCAUGUUGCUGACAGAAGCUUAUUUCUUGGUAUCACAGGCAUCUUGUGGUCGUUUUCGAUCACACCCAAGAAAGAUGCUCAGGGUGAAGAUAUGUUGCCUGAUGCCGACAACUUGGUUGUUGCCAUCUCAGCUAGACCUGAAGCUUUCGAAGCAAACAUCCUGCCUCGUGAUGAGAAAAGGGCGCGUAUCAUCAGAGAACAAUGGGAGGAUGCUCAGAGACUGCUUGAUCCUGACACUAAGCAGUGGAAGGAAGCGCCGGCAGGUGACUGGGAUUCUUCUCUCAAAGUGUGA